AGUUACAGUCCAGUCGGUGUUUGCUUUUUCAGUGAUGGAGGGUAGACCGAGCAGGGGACGUGGUGGUCACUGGAGAAGAGGCGGCAGUGCCGGCGGUGAGGACAGCGGGUUUACCGGAGAUCGGAGAGGUCGCGGGAGAGGCGGUCAUCACCGCGGAAGAGGGAAAAGGGACCAUUAUCGCGGAAGAGGCCGGGGUUUUCCUGAGGCUGGUGCUCGCGACUUUUCUCGCGGAGGUCAAGAUGAACAGGAUGACAAAGAAAACAUCGAAGAUGAGAUGCCAGCAACCUAUUCCAGGAGAAAGCUGGAGUCUAACUGGGAUCGUUAUGAGGAAACGGAGAAAGAGGUGGUGAACGAUGAUGUUCCAGUGCAGAGAGGGACAGACUAUCACGUCCUCCUGACUUCCGCAGGUGACUCCUACACUCAGUUCAGGUUUUCUGAGGAGAAAGACUGGGAGGUGGAUUCACUAGGAACUAAUCAGGUACCCGCUCUCUUUGUAGACCUGGAAGUGUUAGCUCGGUCUCUUCAGGAGCUGCCACUGCAUCAGAGGCUUGAUCUGGAGCCCAGUCUUGUUCAGGAGUCGACUCCAGUAGAGCUCCCAUCUGUAGCGGUACUGAACAAAGUGGAUCCAGUACCCAGUGGAUUUAAGCCUCCUGCUCCAGCACACUCAGGUCACGGGGCAGGCUCACAUGGAUCGCGACCUGUCCAGUCUGUUCCAGGCCCCAGCGUGUGCUCCCACUCCUCCACUGCAGUAAUCAGCCCUGAGGAUGAUGCAGAAAAGGAGCUAGAUCUUCUCCUGGGACUACAGAGACCUGUCACAGGCCUUUCUCUAGCUGAGCCAACAACCUCAGACACCAUACAGGGAGAAUCUGUUACCUCAGGCAAAGCUGCAUCACCAGUAGAGAUGGAAAAACAGGUGGACCAGAGAAAAACCCAAGAGGAGACUAGUACAAACCAACAGAAGCCUGAAGAAUUGCAGCAGAAAUCUGAGCUGAGUGCAUCAAAGCAGGAGAUGACUGAGGAAGAUCUCGAAGACUGGCUAGACAGUAUGAUCUCCUAAACAACUGUGCACAUCUCAGACAAGCAGUUCUAGACAUGAACAUGAACCUGCAUGUUGCUAAGGACAUCCUUAAGGACAUCUUCCAUCAAUAUCAGAAUCUUUAACCAAAUUUAAAACCUGUUGUUAAUGUUUAUUGAUGCCUUAUUGAUGAAGGCAGAUGCUUUCAGUCAGAAGCCAUUACUGUGUGUGGGGUGUGAAUCAGUGCAGUCUGGAUUAAAAGCUGUGUAUCUGUGCAGUAAAUGACAGGCAGGAUUUAUUGCAUUGAUCGCUUUAUUGUUUUUUUUUUGUCCUCUUCUCCCAAAUGAAACACAAUUCACCAAAGCUUCUACAUACAUAGAAAUGGCCAAACCAGUAAUGGUUUACAAUUUUGCCUUGUUCCUGUUAGUGUGUUACCCUAAUGUUCUCAGCUUUGGGUUGUCAUAUCGAUUUCCUUUAACGCCAGCGCAGAUCAUAAGCUUGUAAGCUUUGGCUAUUAAAAAGAAAUCAAACAAAAAAUAACUGCAGUUGUGCAUUUUUACUUAAACAUCUUUAACUAAAGCCACAAAACUAAUCUAGGUAAGUUCAUCUAAAAUACAGGCUUGCUACACAUAUGAGGAGGGACAAAAAUGUUUUGCAUAGUCGCUUUCAUAAGGCACUUUGACUUUUGAUGAAAUAAUCGAAUGGGUUCAUGGAUCUAUGUUCUGCCUUUUGACGUUCUGCAUGCCGCCUGUUGUGUUACUGUGUUAUAAGGCAUUGCACAUUCUGCAUCAUAAAUGUUCAUUCUUUAGUUGAAUAACAAGAAAAGAAGGUUGUGCAUAUUUGUUCAUUCACUCAGCAUGUCUAAGGAAUACUUCACUCAAAAAAAAAUAUUUCAGCUAUUAAUGAUCAGUGGCUGAUAGGUUCCUGUUAGCAUUAUGUGAAAUACAGAGGGCCAACUGGUCCUGACUAGCAUCAUUCACUGAUAACUAUAUUUGAUAUGUUGUGUUUUCUCUCUUUUUCUUUUUAAAAAUUGUUUUACUUUUUUUUUUUGUAUUUUGUGAAUAUAUAUAUAUAUAUUUAAUUCUUUUUAAUAAUAUGUUCCUCAGGUGUGUGCUCUCACAGCUCACUGCGCAGUGUAAAGCAGAUAAAAGGCAAUAAAAUGUCAAAAGAA